UGUAGCAAAUUCGUAACAUUUUCCUCAGUCUUAAACACUUAAAAACAUUUUUCUUUCCCUUCAUCAUUGUCCUAAAAUUUGUUUUUUCCCCAGAUUAAAAUUAAGGCAAUCUGUUUCGAGAGAGUGGGAGAUGAAAUCUCCGUGGUCCUGACAUGAGGAGGAAGAUGAGAGAGUGAGUCGCAGUCUUUCAGAUCGGAGAAACGUUCGUCAGCUAGGAGCAUUUCGACAGGAUCCUCCUCCAACCUAAACUCAAAGUCACCAGCUCCGACUUUUUCCUCCACCGUGACUGUGACCUUCAGAAUAUGCGACUGAUUUCCCCUCUUUCUCGUCUUCUAAAACAUUACUGGAGUUCUCUCCAUCGUAACACCAGCCAUAGAUAUGGAGGAGCAGUCACAUCAAUUGCAGAGAGACUAUCCAUUAGGUUAAUUUACUUAAGCCAUAUCUUUCUCUUUCUUUCUUCUUCUUCUCCGACUUGAGUAUAUCGGCGAUGGAGACGAGAAGCCGGCAAUUGCAGUGGCCAAUCGUGAAAGAGAUCAAGAGCUUUUGACUCCCGUCGCUGAUUGCGGCGACUAAGACGAUGGUUCUUCUUUGAAGCCUUCUCUCUUCGGCUCUGUUUAUUAUGCAGGUUGCCAUUACAAAGGUUCACCCAUCUCAAAAUAGCUACUUGGCACACAAACUCAUUGUUUGGUAUCAGGGACAAGAAGCUUCAAUGCUGCUUCCUUUCUCAUAUGCUGUGGUCUCGGGUGCUAUAGGAUCAUGUUCGAUUUUAUUUGCCAAGUCACUGUGAGAUGCUCUGUGACUUAAUUUAUUUCUCUCAUUGUCACAUCGGCUUAAUCUAUUUUGUCACAUAGCCAUUGGAGCAAUAUUCUCUGCUACAGACUCUGUUUGCGCCUUGCAAGUGCUUAAUCAAGACGACACAUCUCUCUUGUCCAGUCUGGUCUUUGGAGAAGGUGUAGUUAACGAUGCAACGUCUGUUGUGCUCUUCAACGCAAUACAGGGAUUUGAUCUCACAAACAUCAAUUCAACUAUAGCUUUGGAGUUUGCUGGAAACUUCUUUUAUCUCUUCAUCUUAAGCACAUCACUUGGUGUUGCAGCGGGAUUGCUCAAUGCUUUCAUUAUGAAGAAUCUCUAUAUUGGAAGGCACUCUACUGAUCCUGAAGUUGCACUUAUGAUGCUAUUGGCUUACUUAUCAUAUAUGCUGGCAGAGCUAUUCCACUUAAGCUCUAUCUUGACUGUGAUCUUCUGCGGGAUUGUUAUGUGUCACUAUACAUGGCACAGUGUAACAGAUAAAUCAAAAGUUACCACAAAACACACUUUUGCUGCAUUGUCAUUUCUAGCUGAGAUUUUUAUCUUCCUUUACGUUGGAAUGGAUGCUCUCGAUAUUGAGAAAUGGGACGUUGUACCCGACAGGUGGCACCUGCUCAGAAUGGGAGGAUCUUCGGUAUCGGGGGACAAAACUACAUACGUGAUCGUGGGGAAAGCUCAGCUGGUGCAAUGUCUAGAAUAUCUCUUGAACGCCAAUUAAAUUAUGUUCAAGAGCAGCUGGCCACUUUGGUUGAAUUUAUGAGGCAAUAUAUGCUUGAAGGUCAUGCAAACACUUUCCCCUCUGCUAAACCAACUUCUGCUACGGGUGCGUCGGUCACUGGCCCAACUCAAGGCAACAUCAGGGAGAAUCGAGAAGCCAAUCCCGAAGCUGCGACUGAACGUCCAGAAAUGGCUGAUGUCCAUCAAAGUCAUCCAACUUGUAACAUGCGCGAACCAAAUUCCCGGUUUAAAGAUGGAUCGGUUGAUGCAAUAGGUGCAUCGGUCGAUGCAGGUUCGGUUUUAUCGGUCGAGUUUUAAGUUAAACGCUGCGUUUUGGGUUUAGAGAAAACCCUUCAACUCGAGUUUUGCCUCAUUCGGCGGGUUUGGCCGUUUUUGAGAGAAAAGAAAAGAGAGAAAAGGUUCUUGAGUGUUCUUGAGGAUUUUGGGUGAUUUGAGGCUGUUCCUGUAGAGAUCUGUAGCUGGGAUCGUUGUAGGAGCUUUCUGGGAGCGUUGUUUUGCUUGUAUAAGGUUCAGAAUCUUCUUGGCAAACGUAAGUGCAUGACCCUGGCUUAUCUACGCUAGAGAUUUCUCUGAUCUGCUUGUUUAUGUGUUGUUUGGCUUGUUAGUAUGUUAUUUGGGAUGUUGGGAAGCUUUCUUG